ACAUUAUAUUUGGAAGCUAUGAUAUGAAUAUUUCAAGAUCUAGUGAAAUCUUGAUUUCAGUAUUUCAUAACUGAACAACUAAACAAAUAUAAUCUGUUUGUCUAGAGCUGUACAUCUAAAUAUAUUUAAAACAAUUUGAUUGACUUUUCAAUAGAGUGGUCAGGAGUGAAAUGUAAAACAGAGUUUCAAUCUGUGUCAUUUCUAGACAUAAAAAUCAAAUAUUCUCAUCACAAGCAAGCAAGGAAUAUACAAAGGUUUGAACAAUAGAAUAAAUGCGGAUUAUUUAUUAAUGUUUAUACUGUCGGUUUGAAAGAAAAUCUAAGACUCACAAUGAAUGAAUUACACAGAGCAGUGCUUCAAAAGCACACACAGGACAUAGUUAGAGACAUGAUUGUCACCGAGAAUUUACUGGGAACAAUGUUCCAGAAAAAUAUCUUUGACAGCGAGAUGGUUGAAAUCAUCAAGUCUGGUCGGACACACAGUGAACAGGCCUACAAGAUGUUAGAGUUUCUACCAAAACGCGGACCUGAUGCCUAUGACAGCUUCUGUGAAGUCCUUCAAGAAGAAUAUCCCUGGGUUGCUAAACUUCUGAGAGAAUCUGUUGAAACAGAAAGUGAAAGAAUCCUUGCUGCACAAAGCAAGAAAGAAGAUAUUCCGUUAGAGUCAUUAACCACACCAAGAAGCACAUCAGCUAACAGUAAGUCAGACGCUGAUAUCAAAAUCCGAGUCAGUGCCUUUGUACAGAAACAUUUCGGACAAAUCCGUCGUAUUGCCAAUGCAGACAAGAAAGCGAUAGAAUGGAUGAUGAUCAAAUGGCUACAGGCAGAGAGGAAAAGAUUAACUAAAUCUAUUGAUGAUGCUUAUAUGGAAAGCCACCAGACUGAUGUUCUAGAGAGUCAGAGAGUGAAAGAUAAAAUCUUCUCUCUUUACACCCAUGUCUUUUCAAAACACCAGAGAUCUCCAGUGAAAAAGAUCUUAGGCAGAGCAAAGGCUAUUACUGAUGGAGCUGAAGGAACUUGUACCCCUACUGAUAAUGAACACAUUAGCAUUUCUCCUCAAGAUAUAAACUUUGAUAUACUUAGAGAAGAAGUUGACAGACUCUUCACCCAUAUUGACUACAUGGAAAAGCAGAUUGAUAGAAGCUAUGACUACCUCAAUAGCAGAUUAAGUGGCAAGGACAUUUCUGUUCUUGUUCAUGAAUUAUGUGGGCAGUACAGGUACAAAGAGAGAGAGCUGGUUCAAGAGAAAGCAAAGACAGAAAAAAUGCUAGUGGAACUCUAUAAUUUCUCCACAAACUCAAGUAGGCUUGAGAAUUCAAUACAUGCACAGGAACAUGAAAUUGUAGCUCUGAAAGAACAGAUAAAUAAACUCAAAGAAGAUAAUCUGCUACUUAUCAAAGAGGUAACAGAAUUAGAGAAAGCUAAAUUGAUUCAUUUGCAAAAAGAAAAGACACUAAUUGAAUUGAAAAAAGCCAAAGAUGACUUGCAUGUAAUGAUAUCAGUUGUAAACAAAGAGAAUAAGGAAUUGCGGGAGAAAAUGCAACAGAAUGGUCUAAACAAGAAUAAUGGAGGAAGAGGGUAUCCAAAUAGAAGGCCACUAGCAAAUACAACAAAUAACACGCAGAAAAUAAAUCCAAAACGUGCAGUACCGAAGAAAAGAUCUGUCAGUUUUAAGAUGUAAUUUAACAGCUUUAUGCGCAUUAGUAUAUUAGAAUGUAUACUGCCAAAAUUUAAUUCUAUGUCAAACAAAAAUAGGGCAGACAAUAAGUUAACUGUCUUCCAGUUCACUUAUCUUAAAAUAAAUUCAACUCUGAAGUCUGUUUGACUUAAAAUAGUAGAGCUUCCAGGAAAAGCUUAAAUAGAGAAAGAAAUUCAAACAGCUUGAUAUAUUUUAGGGCUUGAUACUAGAUGUUUAAUCACAAAUAUGCCUUUCUCUCUUUGUAGAUGUAAAUAGAUCUAAUGUUUUGCAAUAUAUAAUUCAUACAUAAAAAUGCUUUAUCAUAUCAAAUGUAAAAAUAAAAAUUAUAUCAGUGAAA